UCCAUUUUCGAUUCCUUCAUGCUGGCGAGCGGUCCGUACCGGGUGUCAUUCCAUUCCAACCAGCCAGCGGAGUCGGUACACGAACUCGUUGCGUUGCGUAGCGCUUACCGUGGUCGUGCAUGUUUGCUGGUGUACAGAGAUUUAUCUCGACGCGCGUGUGACGUGGACGCGACAAAACAUACGACCGUUGUUGGUGUGGUGCCGACGCGAAAAAUUUGCGACUUUGGAAGUUUGUGUGCAGUGUGCGGGUGCAUUGUGGUUGCUUUCGUUGUACUUGGUGUGUGAGCUUGCGAAGGUGUCAGAAAACAGUGAGACAACACGAAAUCGUCUCCAAAAAGUGACAGUUGUCCUGUGCGUGAUUUGAUUUCCGUUUUGCUUGUGUUGCGGUGUGCAGGUGUGGCGUUGUAGUUUUUGGUGUGACGUAUGCCGAUGUGCCUAGGGUAGGCAAGGAUAACAGCCGGAACGCUCUGUACACGAGAGGCGACCGAUCUUGAUUUUUGUUUUUUGAAGCCCGACCAUUAAAAACGCGCUUGUCACGUGCUCAUCAAAUCACCUUAUUUUGGACCGGGACCUGGCGCCGACUCACAACCAACAAUAUCUCUUCUUCAAUCAAACGCACCAAAAACCAUCGGGACCAGAAGGCCAGCUUUUGGCGAUCGUGUCAGUGUGAUCGUGUUCCAGUGUGUGGGUGAAUAUCCGGGCGAGUGUCGUGUCUUGAAGGGACGCUCAAUCAAAGUCAACAAAGCGCAAGUAGGGAGAAGAUCGUUCGCACGUCGCGGUACUUGCACUUGGCCGUAUUUGCCUCACCAUGAUGAACGAUCCGGCCGCCCUUGGGAUGAUCCCGUUCGAUACGAUCGGGCUGUAUGAGCAGCCGAAGCCACGGUUUAUCUUUAAAAUGCCGCGCGUAGUGCCGGACCAGAAGUCCAAGUUCGAAAGUGACGACCUGUUCAAGAAGCUGAGCCGCGAUAGUGAGGUACGAUACACCGGCUUUCGCGAUCGUCCGAUCGAGGAACGGCGGGGCCGUUUCCGGGCGGGAUGCUGCGAGGGCCACACGGAGGUGUCGUUCGCCGCCACCGGCAUUAACCUGCAGCUCGUCUUCAACCCGAACCAUGGCCUCUACCACCACCCGCACCAUCACCACCAUCACCAUCCCGCCCAUCUCGGACUGGAGAAGGAGUGUGACUUCGACAAGGAGCACGGCAAGGUUCACAUUAAAUCUCACUUCAUCAUGAACGGUGUGUGCGUACGCUUCCGGGGCUGGCUCGAUAUGGAGCGUCUGGACGGUAUCGGCUGUCUGGAGCUGGACGAGAAGCGGGCCGCCCAGGAGGACGCCAUCCUCCGGGAACAGCUCGAACGGUACAACCAGCGUUUGCGGGACUUUGAGGACAAGCAGCGCACCUACCAGCGCACCACGCAGGACGAGUUUGAGCAGAUGCGCCGGAACGGGUCCGGGAUUGGGGUGGGCGUGACGGCCGGUGCGUCCGGCAUGUGGAGACGAUAAGCCGGACACCGGGGGCGCUGUAACAGAACGUGCCAAAAAGAAGUAAAAAGAAUAAAGAAGCAGCAACAAACCCAGGAACCCGCCCUAUCUGCUCACAGAGCGCGCCCGAGGCGCAUCGCAAGUUCCGGGCCAUCAGCAACAACAACAAACAGGGCGGCCACCGUGUAUCCCGACGACACCGGACGUCCGCAGGUCUUGGAGACUUGUGAACGUCCCGAUCGAUCCUGUCAUCUGGGUCAUCUGGGUCUAGGCGUGUGUUGAUGAGCUUUCCAGUGGAAGGAGAGGAAAGGAGAGUCCUCAUCUUCGUUACACAUACACACAUACAAACACGUACAUGUUAAGAGAAUCUUUCCCCCCUAGCAGGCAAAAAACGAGAGUAUCGCCCUUGAUCUUUUACUCCCUCGAAUAUCGAAUUGGAAGAGAAUCUGUGUCGCUCAGAAUGUAUAGUAAGUGUCUAAAUGUUUUUAAGAAUAUUCAAUUUGUUAUGUCAAAAUCGCUUAUUGUUAUAAACAUGUAGACACUUGUAAUAUGACCUGAGAACGACACACACACACACUACAGCGUGUUUGUAUAUUGUAUAUUGUAAAGUAUCUGUGUUAUGGAUUAUUAGUUAUUUGUGCAUCCUGUUUCUUCCUUCUCCUUCCCCCCUCCUCUCUGUUCUCUCUCUCUCUUUCUCUCCAACACAAACACUUUUCUCUUGCUAUCUCUCUCUCCGCUACAUCGGCGAAAGUGUAGCAGACUGGAGAGACAGAUCGGGACUCAAAACCAGCUGUGCAUGUGUGUAAGUACUGUUUAAACUUUUCUUUUUCCUUUAAAAGUUUUGUAAAGUUUAACACAAAAAAACCAAAAAAAUGAUUAAAAGAGCAAGCUGUUCGGGAAGAGGAAAAAAGGGGGGCUACACAUUGAGCCGUAAGAAGCGUGUGUGUGUGCGUGUGCGUAUGUGAGUAUGUGUGCGUGCGCCCAAACACACAAUUGUACAUUAAGUUUUUUAGUGAAAGUAACAUUUUAAUGUGAAUAGCUCAAAAAUGGGAGAGAUCUACUAGCUGUAAAAGGGGAGGGGGUGGGAUGGGAGGGAUAGAGGAAGGUGACGAGUGGGUGGAAGGAAAACAAAUUCGUUGUUUGCACACAAAGAUACCAAACAUAUACUAACACACACACACCAACACAAAAGAGAACUUCACACCGACAAAUUUCGGAUUUCGUUUUCUGCCAUUUUGUUGCCGUAAGUUUAAACAUUAAAAAAAAUAUGCCAAAACAACUAACCCUAAACAAAUGGUGAUGCAAAAAAAAGAAGAAAAACAAACAAUAGAAAAGUUUCCAACACGUAUAAGAAAAGGGGAAAAAACAUACACACACACACAGACACAUUUGUAUAUAUUAAUGAUUAAGCGAUUCGAUUGGCGUAAAACGGAACAGAGGAGAAAAACAGAGCGACAAAAUAGAGAAGUAAAACUAGCAACUGAUGCGUUUUUAGAUGCGAGCAAGAACAACCAGUUCCGGCAAAUUUUUGAGGCGGGGGAUAUACGAAUAGGAAAAAAAUAUUCGUUGCACAACACCGAGACACACACACACACAGAGCAAAAGAAAAAGCAAAACUUUUAGAAGAAAAAUCUAUACUAAAAGAAACAGAGAAAAAAAAACUUUCCUUUAAAAUCGAAGAACACUGCUAAAUGCAAAACAAUGUCGUAGAAAACGCAAACAAAAAACAAACGCAACUAUUUAUGAAACAAACAGUAGCAUAAAUAGAUAGGGAGAAAAGGGAAGGAUGAACUGAAACCAAAAAACAGAGGAAAAAAACGUGAAAACAAAAAACGAAACAAAGUAACCCCGAAAAAGAGUAAAAAAACGAACAAGAAAACAAAACAGAUAAUAUACGUGAAAAAAAAAAUUAAAAAAAAAAAACAAACAACAAUAUAGUAGAACAAUUUUUUCUUCUUUUCUUCUGUAAAGUGAUAUCAUAAAGCUUAUUUUUGCUUAGUUUUUGUUUAUCAUCUCGUGUUUCAGUGGUUUUGCUCAUGCUUUCUUCUCCCCUUGUAUAUGCGGUGCGUGCGUGUGUGUGUGCGUUUGUAAUUUGCUUUUUAUUUAGUUAUAGUCGUUAGCGGUACGAUACACUCACUAGAUUUGUAAUAAUUUUAUUGUAGUUAUUAAAUUGAUACGCCGGUAAAAAAAUAUAUUUUAUAUAUUUGCCUUUUUAAAAGCCGUUUCUAUUGUUUCGUUUUAUUUUUUGUGUUUGUCCUGCCAUUGCGAUUAUUUGGUGUUUUUAUUAUAAAAAAAGUGGUGCAAGACGAGUUAUGUUUGAAGGAGAUUUAUAAGAAAAAACAACGCCCCCCCAACAAUCCGAAUUCCACCAGAUGUAAUCGUAACGCUCAAAUGUAUUGAAACAGGUUGAAAAGAUCUUUCAAAGUGUAAAAAAAAAAAACAAAACAAUUGACGAAAAAACUUCCCCUCAAAUAAUAUCAACACGAAUGAUACACGCGCACGAUAGUAGUAGAAUGGGAUUGAAAAAUUCGAAUAUACGGGAAAGUAAACUAAUUGUAUUGUCUCUAGCCAAGAGGUGUAGGAAGAGUGGCAAACAAAACAAACUGGCAAGCUGCAUCCUAUAGCAUCUCAAACUGAUAUUUAAAUGACGAAGCAACCGUAAAAAAAAACACGCUGGAACCGGAAAUAGAGAUUUCUUUUUGUUACGUAUAAACCUACGAUGAAAACCAA